UUUCCCCUAUGGUACCCUAACUUUCACCACAGAGUCGAUUGAUAUUUUCUGUCUACAAACAAUGUUCUCUCAUAAUUUUGUUUCGCUCAACUCCGCCUCCAUGGGCUGGUGCUGAAAGACGUUUGUCAUCGAGGCACCGACGAUUUGGAAAGCUCUCAACUUUGAGCAAGGUAACUGAACAUCCCAUGCGACUUGUAAUUUUUCUUUGCCCAACUUUAUUCCUUAUCCGUUAUAUGUGCCUUGUCCAGCGGUACUUUAAGUUUGAUGCCACAAAAAGCAAUUCCAACAACUACCUACCUGCACUCUUGUGUAAUACGGCAUGUCCUAAGCAUGCUUCCGAUUCGCCAACACUUAUACGAUACCUGUUCUGAGGCCUACCCAGUUUGAGAAUUGUGACCCGAAACUUCGGGUCGGAAAAUGGCAGACGAGCUUUUAUUGCUUGAAUAGGGGAAAAUCUGUUGGUAAUUGUUAUACGUGCAGGUAUUUACGAAGUCUACCAUGCUGCAUGUAAAACUCUCUGGAUCUAGGUCAGCCCAAAGUACUGUUUAGUCACCUUACCCACCAAUCUAGGUUAUACACAAACCAACCAAUGUUUCUUGUGUUGAAGAGAGUGCGAUCAGCAAGAGCUCGAGUAUGAAACGCUGGCACCGGCACUCGACAAGUUUGUGGACAAUUACCAAAUUCGGCGCUGUCGAUGCAAAUCAAGCACCCCAAUGGGUUGACCGAAGCGAAUCGUGCGCGCGCGACCAAUCAGACGCAAAUCGCAUCUCCCACAUGCGUUGAAGCAACGUCAUGAACCUAACAUACCGUUUCCGCCUUCGCCAUCUUUGAU